AUGGGUUGGUUUGUCUGUGUGAUGAUAUGUUUGGGAUUUGACUAUAAAGUUGUGAGGAUUGUGUAUGAUCGACUUUAUGGCUUGUCUGUUGGGGUUGAGGUAUUUGUCAACGGGGUUAUGCAUUGGCUUGCACAUCGUAGGAAAGGAAGUUUUGGGAAUUCAAUAAUGGGGUUUGAUAUGAAAGAUGAAAUUUUCAUAGAGAUCUUCUUACCGGAAGCUUUGGUGGAUGAGCGUGCUGCAAAUUUGUGUCUUAUGAAACAUGGUGGUUGUCUUGCUGUGAUGAAGUACAAUGGAUAUGAGAACAAUUAUAGCCUUUGGGUGAUGAAGGAAUAUAGGAAUGUGGAGUCGUGGAAGAGGCUGUAUAAUAUUGGAUUAGUGGAAGGGAUGGAGAAUGUGAUUGGAUUUAGUAACAACGGUCAUCUUUUCGUGACAAUGUUUGUGGAUGAGAUGUUUGUUAGUGAUCCUGCAAGUGGAGUGCUGGUUUCAUUUGACCUUGAGAGCAGAAAAAUUAAGGAUCUUGAAAUUUUUGGGAAGCUUGGUUCGAUUUAUGUUGAAAAUUUUGUGGAGAGCCUAGUCUUGCUUGAAGGAUAA